UAGCUGCUUUUCUUCGUGAUCUCUCUGAAGUACGCUCCUCAUAAAGUUGCCAUGUUAGGUUGAAUCAUCAACUAGACAAUAUGUAUACCUGUUUUACCUUUUAAUACGCGUUUCCGUACAGACGCAAUUCCGAGCGAUCAAGUAGAAAGUAGUUUCCAAAAGCUGAAAAAUGUAGAAAGAUUCAGAUGUAAGUGAACUUUAAAAAAAUUACAUAAGAAAAAGGGUUAAUAUGUGUAUUUUGGCAACCUCUAAUACCCGGUCACACUAAUCUCUAUCUCGUGUAUUUUGAGUGUGAUUUUUACCGGAAAGGAAAAUUCUGAUGGACUGUUGGAAGUUAUGACUUUUUUUUAUUACUAUCACUUGAAUAGUAAAAGUGUGACGACACAGGAGGUGAGAUCACUCAGCAGUGUUAAUGUGUAAAAGCAGAUGACGUCACAAAAGGUGCGCUCACUCUCCGGUGGAAACGUGUAAUGCUGUAAAGGAGGAACAGUACAGAAGAUGUCACUGAAUGUCAUCACUCAAACCUUAUUUAUCACACUUACAAAAAUGCUCAGGCGAGAGCUUUUGUUCAUGUCAGGAUUUUUAAAUCGUCACAACAUGUCCAGCGAAGUAACAGCAACAUCAAGCACUUCUAAGACUAAGAAACUGGUGGUAGGUCUCGGUAACCCUGGAAUGAACAGCACACGACACAGUGUUGGCAUGGCCGUGAUCGCAGCCCUGGCAGAGCGUCUGGGAGUGUCCGAUCAGUGGAAAUCAGACAGACACGUAUCAGGAGAGGUUAUUGUUUCAGUUUAUCAGGACACACAAGUCGUGCUUCUCCGGCCAAAGCUGCUCAUGAAUGUCAAUGGAGUGAGCGUGGCGAGGGCAGCACACAAAUUUAAUAUCCGACCGGAGCACAUCGUUUUGGUACACGAUGAACUCGACAAACCACUCGGGACGAUUGGCAUCAAACACGGAGGGAGCGCAAGAGGUCACAAUGGUGUCCGGUCCUGUAUUGACUGUCUUCAUACUGAUGUUAUGCCACGACUACGAAUCGGUAUCAGCCGGCCCCCAGGAAACACGCCUGUGGACAGAUAUGUUUUGGGGCGUUUUUCUAAAGAAGAGGAAAUAAUUUUAAGCUCUGUAGUUAAGCAAAGUGUGGCCCUUUUAUUAGCACAAAUUACAGAUCAGCAACCCCAACUGACUUCAGCAGGGGGCAUGAGAGCAAAACAGAAGAGGAAAGAGCAGAAAAAGAGAACAUCACUUGCAGUCCAGGAACCUGAAGAAACGCCAGACAGAACUGACCUCAAAUGUCAAUAAAUUAAAUGAUUAUAAACUCA